AUGACCACGGCAUUAGCUGCAACUGAAGAAGUGGAACGUAUCGAAUCAAAAAUCGGCAUAACUAUUCCAAAUUACGUAUCAGAUCAAGGUCAUCUUAAGAUCACGCCUAAACAUCCGAACAAGACCGCAAUUUGUCAGUCGCUGGGAUCAAUUAGUCAACCGUCCUUCCAGCGGACAAGGCAAAGCUCUGCUGAAAGGACCCACCGCAGCGGCUGCAAGACAGGAUCGAGGUACAGCCUUUCAGGUACCGAAGGGUCCUUGCUCAAAACUCCUUAG